AUGCCUCAAGUCACGAUGGAAGCCAAGGAAUACACCACCAGCCUGGCGAGCCGGAGCACACCAUCCGAUCAAGAGUCCGACAGCCAGUCUAUCAUGGACGACAAAGACCUGCCUCCAGUCGAUGGAGGCCCUCAAGCAUGGCUCUUUCUGAUCGCCUCGGCUAUGCUUGAGGCCUUGGUUUGGGGCUAUGCAUUUGCAUUCGGUGUAUUUGAGGACUACUAUAGCACACACGAGCCAUUUCAGGGAUCCGGGAACAUUGCUAGUGUUGGAACAUGUGCCAUGGGCAUCGCAUAUCUGUUGGCUCCAGGGGCCAUUAUCCUGAUGAUUUUGGUUCCCAAGCUUGCGCGCUGGGUGUCGACCAUUGGAGUCGUUAUUAUGUGCUUGUCGUUGGCACUGAGCUCUUUUUCGACCAAUGUGACGCACCUUCUUCUAUCCCAAGGCAUUGGAUUUGGUAUCGGUGGAUGCUUAGCAUAUACACCCACCAUUUUGUUCAUGUCAGAGUGGUUCGUCAAAAGGAAAGGUCUUGCAUUCGGCGUUGUCUGGGCCGGGUCUGGUGUGUCGGGCAUCAUUUUCCCCCUCGCUAUCCAGUGGCUUCUGGGUAAAUACGGCAUUGCUGCAACCCUUCAAAUAUCUUCAGUGACCUUGUUCAUUCUCGCCAUGCCCUUCAUCUACUUCCACCGCCCAAGAUUGACCACCACGGAGAUCGCGUACCAUCGUCUCAACUUCCGCUUUUUAUACAACAAAGUUUUCAUCGUGUACCAGCUUGGAAACACCUUGGAAGCAGUUGGAUUUUUCCUACCCACCAUUUACCUCCCGAAAUUCGCGCGCAGCCUAGGAGCUAGCGACUUCAUGGCGUCUCUGACUGUGACCCUCGUCAACCUGUUCCAGGUCUUUGGGUCUGUCCUCAUGGGGUUCCUCUCUGACAGGUACCACAUCUCCACCUGUAUCUUGAUAUCGACUGUUGGUACCGUUCUAUCCGUCUUCUUUGUAUGGGGCUUCGCUACAAGCAUUCCACCACUCUAUAUUUUCUGUAUCGCUUACGGUCUACUUGCGGGGGGCUUUUCCUCCACAUGGGCCGGAGUCUCCAGCGAAGUUCAACGGGCCAACCCUUGCGCAGACGAAACUGUCAUUUUCCCAUUCAUGGAAACAGGCAGAGGAAUUGGCAACGUUGUCAGUGGGCCAUUAAGCGAAGCUUUACUCAAGGGGUACCCUUGGAAAGGACGUGCGGCGGGAGCUUAUGGAAGUGGCUACGGCGCACUGGUGGUAUGCACUGGCGCCAGUGCCCUGUUGGGAGGGAUCUGCGUGGUUGCACGUCAACUGAAGUGGAUAUAA